UGUCGAGUCAGAUGCUCUGUAGCAUUCGUGCUGAGGCGCUCCUGCAAACAAGGCGUUUCCAACAGGCUGGAAUCACACAGGGAAGAAAGGCACUGGAAUACUGGGAGGGAAAACGCCGCUGUCGCAUCUGCAACCAGAGAGAAAGAAAAUAACCAGCCCCGCACACAACCAAACAGACAUACGUCAAUCUAUCCUUAGCGCAUUUCGCUAUGCCGGGAAGAUGGCUUUUUGAAACUUGUAUUUCAGCAGUUUCGAAAAAGAUCUAACGAGGGGAUCAAACUAAAGCUUUGGAAAACGACUUGCGUUUUUGGUUUCUUUGAUAAAGAGAGGGGGGAAAAAAAAAAAACUGCCGUUCUGCUUCGGGAACUUGCAGCCGCUUCGACCUCCAAAAUAAUCACCCCCGCCCAGCUCUCCUUCUUUCUCCCUCACAGGGGGACGCGGUACAGGGGAAGACAAGGGACGCAGAGAGAGGGAUACAGUCGCAUCGUUGUUGGAGCUUUGGAACAGUUAUUGGUGUGUGGAUUUUAAAAUGCUGUGCAUUGUGGAAUCCUGAACUUAUUUUUUGUUUUUUCUUGAAAGAGGAAUUUUUCCCCUGUGCUUGGCUUGGCUUGGCUACCCGCGUACUUCACACGUAUGACUAAAGCAUUCGUUUUGCAUUGGCCGCUCCAGAAAUAAGGGGGGCAUAGCUGUGUUAUUAGCACGCAUUUCACUGUAAUACAAGUGCGAAUCCCGGAUUACGCCGGGUUUGGAUGGGAGGAGAGAUCGCAGUACAGCUGCAUCCAGUCGUUAGCGCUGCUUUCUCCGCGCUCGCUAUUUAUUAUUAUUAUUAUUAUUUUUUUUUUAGAUAUUUAUAUUUUCCCCAAAUGAAAACACAUUCGCAGCGGAAAACCCGGAGAUUUCAGGACAGAGACAUGGCCGCGUUGAUACUGCCCAGUUUCUGGAUAUCCCUGCUGGCUGUAACUUUAUCAGCCGCACAAUCCCAGGUGGUCCAAGUGGACGACAGCGUGUCCGGCUUCGUGGACACAGAAGUGGUCCUGAGCUGCACCUUCUCAAACACCAACCCCAACGUGAAGAUCACGCAGGUCACCUGGCAGAAGCUGCUCAAUGGCACCAAGCAGAACGUGGCCAUCGCCAACCCCACCAUGGGCGUGUCCGUGCUGCCGCCGUACAAGGACCGCGUGACCUUCCGCAACCCCGCCGUGGGGUACCGCACCCCCUCCCUGGAGGACGCUACCAUACGCCUGUCCGGCCUGAGGCUGUCCGACGAGGCUGCUUACAUCUGCGAGUACGCGACCUUCCCAACCGGCAACCGGGAGAACCAACUCAACCUCACCGUGCUGGCCAAACCCGUCAUUCAGAUGACGCUGACCUCCCCAACCAUUAUAGCCCAGGCCGGUCAGACCAGUAAGAAGACGGUUGCCACCUGCGUCUCGUCCAAUGGCAAGCCCCCGAGCGUGAUCACCUGGGAGACGAAGCUGAAGGGGGAACCCACCUUCCAGGAGACGCGCAACCCGAACGGCACGGUGACCGUGCGCAGCAACUACCUGGUGGUGCCGAGUCGAGAGAUCCACCAGCAGCAGCUUACCUGCAUCGUGAACUACCAAAGCGAGAGGACUACCCACAGCCUCACCCUCAACGUGCUCUACGAGCCUGAAGUGACUAUUGAAGGAUUUGAUGGAAACUGGUACCUGAACCGACAAGACGUUAAGCUCACCUGCAAGUCUGACGCCAACCCUCCAGUCACUGUGUACCAGUGGAAGCUGCUGAAUGGUACGAUGCCCGUCAACGUGGAGGUCCUCAACAGCACCCUGUUCUUCAAGGGGCCCGUGACGAGCGAUUUGGCUGGAACAUACGUGUGCGAGGCUGCCAACGUGAUCGGGACACGCUCCGGGCUUGUGGAGGUCAACGUCACAGAAUUCCCUAACAUUCCCGGGGGCCCCAGGAUCCCGCCCGAUGAGCCCAGUUCUGGCCCGGUGGCAGUCAUCGGGUGCGCUGUGGGGGGAGUGAUCCUGCUGGGGCUGGUGGCCGUGGUGCUCUUCGUGUUCCUGCGGAGGCGCCAGCGCACCUUCAAGGGCGACUACAACACCAAGAAGCACGUGUUCGGGAAUGGCUACAGCAAAGCGGCUGGGCUGCCCCAUCACCCCCCGAUGCCCCAGAGCCUGCAGUACCCCGACGAUUCUGAUGACGAGAAGAAGCCGGCAGCCAUCAGCGGCCUAGGGGUCGAGCAGGAUUUCGACCCCGACUCAGAGGAUCUGAAGAGGCCCUACUUCACGGUGGACGAAGGCGAGAGCCAUGAGGAUUUCGACGGGCGGACUCUCUCUUUCCAGUACGACCCGGAGCCCGAGAUCACAGACGACAUGGUCUCUCAGAACGACGGCUCGGUCAUUUCUAAGAAAGAGUGGUACGUGUAGCGGCAUGCAACCAAACCAACUCAACCCCCUCCGUGCCCUCCCUCCUCAUUAUCAACAGCAAACACCUUCUCCACCCGGGCCUCAGGCAUCCCAAAAAAUAGAAAUGAGGCUAAGAGCCUGUAACAACUUCUUCACAACGCAUCGUGAUACUAUUGUAACACACUGAAUAAUACUACUACCAAUACCAAUACGAAUAAUCAAAGGACUGUCGCUAGCUGUCAUAGACUUUUAACAGCUGGAAGGAUCCGUGCUUGAUGAGUGUUCUUUUGGGUUUGUUUUGUCUUUUUCGUUUGUUCUUUAUUUUUAUUUUUUUUUUACUUCAAUGUAUGGACUGUUUAAAAAUCAAAAGUGGUCAACAUUUAAACUUUUUGGGGAUGUAUUGUGAAAAGUCCUACACUGGAUGUAUGGUUUCUGUUGUUAUUAUUAUUAUGAUGAUUGUUAUUCUGAUUUAUAAUUUUGGUUUUGUUUGGUAGGUAACCCUAAUAGCAUUUGAUAUGGAGGAGAUGGGAUGGGAUGUAAAAGGAGGCCAGAUUUUCAGAAAGAUCAGUUUGUGUAACUUUUGUUAAGGAUUACAGUGAUGAGCGUAGAUCUGAAAACUGAUUCCACGCUACUGCAUCUGCCUCCAAACCCAAGGGGUUGGGUCAUUUAGCUGUAUAAUACAGUAUAGCCCGAAGUUAGUGGCACUUAAUUCCUAAAUAUCUCCAAACUGCAUCCCUCAUCCGCAGGCAGUCUGCACAGUACCUGGCUUGCAGAUGCUUGUUUUGAAGCUCAAAUAGGGCUGUGCAUUUCAUAAUGAUAUAACAGUGUAGUUUCUCAGAAAAGAUAGAUGCAACCAGGCCUAAUUUAGUGUUGAUUUUUUUAUAUAUAUUUUAUAUAUAUAUAUAUGUGUGAAUGUAAAUUCACUGAGUUGUGAAACAACUGCUUUUUUUAUUGAAUCACAAACUAUCGAGAGCUUCUAGCUGCGUCCUCCACGAAUGGAGCACGUCACCGAUGACAAGAAAUGUUUGAACUGAGGAUCUGGCUACCUUUCUGGGAAAGGGUGAUAGAGAGAGCAACAAUUUAAAAUAGAUAUCGUAAUAAUCAUCAUGAUGAAAAAGAGAACAAAAAACAGAACCCCAGAAAGAUCUACUGGCAAUGAAAAAGGGGUUGAUGUUCAGUUCCACUUUUAUGUAAGACAUCAGUACAGUAUUUUCAAUAUUGCAAUGUAAACCAUUUUUUCAUGUUGAAUAUCAUGUUGUAAUUGAAACAGUCAAUCUUAUAUUGCAUUUGUU